AUGCUGCCAAACUUCCAACUCAAUCUUCUUACUUAUGCUGCAUUAUUGCAGCAAAUGCAAUCGCAACAACAGCAGUUGCUGCAAAACCAGACUGCAGGAGUAUCAGGAGCACCCGUCACGGCUCCCCAUGCGAACGCUCCAGGUCCAGCACCUCGAGCUCAACGUCGCCGUUGCGGGUAUGACUUGACCGCUCCCAGAUACCCUGCUUCUGUAGAACAAAGUCAACAUGGGAAACACGCAGUGAUGAGAUACUCGGUACCAGGAAGUCCACUUUGUUAUACGUUUGAGCAUCUCAGAACGAAUUCGACUUACAAGGUGUACAGAUGCAGGGGAUGUGCUGCUGAGAAGAAAAACACUAUGAUAGCAGUGGUUGACGAUCAAUUCAUUGGAGAUCCCAGCAGCCUUCCUCAUGUCUGUUUACCCUUCAAAACGGCUCAAGACAAAGUGGAUCGCCUGGUGUACACCGAGUGCAAGAAGAUCAGAAGUAAUAAGAAAUGCGCAAGCACGAGCACUAGGGUUGCAUGGCAGGACAUGGAAGACUUGAUCGAAGAGUGUGGUGGUGAGGAUGACACGGAGAAAAGCGACAUACUGCAUUAUUUCCACAGAGAUGGAUUUAGCUCGCGCGAGAGAACCAUAAGAAGGGCAAUACGGGGUCCUAAAGAUGUAAGCUGCUCGAUGGGAAGAGUAUCAGAUGAACAUGCAGUUUUGGCGAACGGAUCCCGAUUCCUGCAAUUCCAAAGUCCAGGCCUCCACAUGUAUUACUCUUUGGAGACGAUCGAAGUGAAUUUCAUUCAGUAUUAA